AUGUCUUUUGAUAAAUCAAAAUCAUUAUUAACUGUAUGUGAUGAUUUGACUCAAGUUAAGGGGAAUGUUUCUCAGUUCCAAGCAAUGGUUAACAAUAUCAUUAGUAAAGCACCAACGAGAGAAGAAUAUGAAAAGCUAUUGAAAACUAUUCGUCUUGGUGAAGCACCUGGUGAAACUAAACAAACAAUUGAGAGACUAGAGCAAUUGAUAACUGUCCUGCAAACAAAAAUUGCCGUUCGAUUAAAAGAAUUAUUUCUAGCUGGAUAUUUGCCACUUUUAACAUCAUUAUCCAAAAUUAACUUUAAAUCCAAUAUUGAAGAUCAAUUUGUGUCUUAUUUUAUGGAUUAUAACCCAGCAUUACCAAGUAAUGUUGUUCAAGAUUUGAGAGUACUUCAAGGGAAAAAGGCUGAUUCCCUUACAGCACCUAUUGAUAUCAUUUCCUAUCCUCCAACUUUGCCCGCCAUUAAUAGUACUAUACUUUUGCUUAGGAUCAUGACCGAUAGAUCGUAUCGUCAACCUCUGGAUUUUAUUGAACUGUCAUCUAAUGAUUAUAAUAAAAGUCAUAAUGGAAGAUUGGUUUUAAGAGGACGAGCAAUCAUGCAACUUUGUCUAGUUGAAGUAUUGGAAGAGAGUUACUCUCGGUUACUUGACGAAGAUAUACAAUUUAUUAGUCAUAAAUUGAUGGCACCAAUUAUUUUAACCAAGUUUGCAUUUGGUUAUAAUUUGGUUGAUCAUUUAAAGUACAAUGUCUCCGUUGAUGCUGAUUACGAAGAAAAAUUGCAAAUCAUUGGCAAUAUAUUUUUGGCAUAUAUGGGUGGACUCAAAACCGAGGGAUAUGACUUGAGUGAUUUGAAAUUAUUUGUCAAAAGAUUAUAUGAACCAGUAAUUGCCGACUACAUGAACAAGAACGAUGUUUUAUCAAAAGUUGCUCUUGUGGAAUUGGAUCUUUUAUUUAAACUGAUAACUAAUUUGUUGUAUCUUCCUCGAGAGAAUAUUCGAUACGAAAUUAUUCAAGUUGAAUCUGAUCCUCAUGUGGCUAGAAUCUUGGUGGAUAAUGAAGAAUUAGGGUCCGGGGUAUCAUCAGUAAGUUUUGAAGAAGCCAAAUGUCGAGCCGCUCAAGAUAUUUUGAAUGAUCACAACCGGAUAAGAAAAAUAUGGGAGAUUUUGAAAAAUAAUCAUACGAAGAAUAAUACCACUGAGACGACCACGACCACGACAACUAUUAAAACAGAGAAACCAGAAACAAUCAUGCAAAUCCCCAUACAACAAGCACCUCCAACUAUGAAUUCUCAUAUAGGUACACCUGUUGUUGAGCAAGCUACCGCUAAUAUUGCCAGUGUGAAUGCAGGAUCACCUCCAAUGCAAAAUCAUACAGCAGCUAUAUCACCAUCGUUGGCAAAUGCAACAGCAAGACAAACUUCACCUCAAUUUACAAUGCAGCCACCGUCCCAACAACAACAACAACAACCAUUUGCAUUUGCACAACCACAACGUUACCCUGGUGUUGCCUACCAAACACCAUUUCUACAACAACCACAACAACCACAACCAUACGUAAACUCACCCAUGGAAUACUUUCAUCCAAUGCAGCAACAAAAUCCACAUGCCCAGCAAGCAACAGCACAUUCGCCACCACCACAAUUAUCACAACAACCGCAACCUCAAUCUCAAGCACAACCGCCUUCCAAUGGAGGGCCAUUAUAUGACCAACCUUCUACCAGUAUGAAUAGUGAACAGAUUUAUGUUGAUCAAUAUGGUAUACCACAUUUAGGAACUGCAUGUAAGAAUGUUGAUACUAAUGCUAGAAAUGAUUUAUAUUCCAAAUUGGGUAAAGCAAAAAUUGCUACCCCUGAAUAUGAGGAUAAAAUAUCACCUGAAAAAGUCUAUCACGUUCUUGUUCUGGCUAAAGGUAUUUAUUUAGGUGGUGGAUAUGAUUUGAAUAAGAAAUUAGCUGCUCAGAAAGCGGCCAUGUGUGCAUUGGCUAAUAAAGUGAAAUUAUCUGAAUUAGGAUUGUACUCAUAA